GGAGCUAUGCCUUGGAGACGAAAACAUUUCAGCAACAGAAGGAUCGAUAUAGAGGGGAGUAAAAAGUCCCUAAAAUUCUGGUGUUGCCAUAUUUUUUAAACCAACCUGGAUACUCCAGAUUUCAGCCACCUCUCCGAAGUGCCUUUCUGCUGUUACUCGCCAAGAUGCCCAAAGGAUUCCUGGUGAAAAGAAACAAGAAAUCCGCACAUGUUUCCUACAGGACUCGAUCUGAUGAGGAUGAUCUCCAGGAGCUACACACCCCAGCUGCCUUGCCAAGUCAGACGGACCCCUCCCCGCCGAUGUCCGUGGCGUCAAGCCCUGACCGCGCCUCGGUAUCACCAGAUUUCGUCGCAGCCGACGCGCCGGUGCCAAGGCUGGAAAAGCCGGAGCAGUUCGGCAAUCCAGAAGCGGCGUGCCAAGCCAUCUACAGCCCCACCCGACCCAUCAGCAAGGAGCACGACAGGGGAUAUUUUGAGCGAAGUUUCAAUCUGGGCUCGCCCGUUUCUGCGGAGUCAUUCCCCGCAGCAGCCUCGCUCUCUGGCCUGGACCACCUCCUGUACGCUCCGGUGGACCUGAAAAUCGGCACCAGCAACAGCAGCCGGGGCGGCGCAGCCAUCACAAACACCACCACCACCACCAGCAGCAGCAGCACCACCAGCAGCAGCAGCCUAUCAGUACCAAACAACCGGGUCGCAACCAAAAGACCCGCCGCAGAGGGAGCAGAGCGAAAACCUAAAGCCGCCUCAAAGAAACCCAAAGCCAUCAGGAAGCUCAACUUUGAAGACGAGGUGACCACUUCUCCGGUGCUCGGGCUGAAAAUCAAAGAGGGGCCGGUGGAGAUGAAGCCGAGGGCGCAGUCCUCCGGAGGAACCAAACCUUUAGGGGAGUUUGUGUGCCAGCUGUGUAAAGAGGCGUACGCGGAUCCCUUCUCCCUGGCUCAGCAUAAAUGCUCCCGUAUAGUCAGGGUCGAGUACCGGUGCCCCGAGUGUGACAAGAUGUUCAGCUGCCCGGCGAACCUCGCCUCUCACCGCCGCUGGCACAAACCGCGGACCAGCACCGGCGCGCCGGCGGUGCCGCCUGCGCAGGGCGUCAAACCCGACAUGGCCAAAAUGCAGCCGCUGGGCGUCAAGGCGGUCUCCGACGAAACCAAAGACAUGAGUGACAGAGACACCCCGAGUCCCGGGCUGUCCGAGUCGGGCUCUGAAGACGGCUCGUACGACUGCCAGUUCUGCGGGAAGAGGUUCAAACGGCAGGCGUACCUAAGAAAACACAUCAUGGCUCACCAGGCCCUGCAGAAGAAGGUACUGGAAGAGCACGGCUUUCAAACCAGCGACCGUGCAGCGGCCGAGCAAGCUCCAGUGUCCGCCCCUUCCUCCUCCUCCUCCUGCUCUUCCUCAGCAUCAUCAGAGGAAGCCUCAAACCAAAGCCCCCUGAAUCUGAGCCCGGUGGACUGCCUGCUGUGCACGAUGUGCGGGGAGAGUUUCACCAGCAGGGCCGGCCAGGAGAGACACCUGCGCCUCAUGCACCCCUCCCAGAUCUACCCGUGCAAAUACUGCCCCGCCACCCUCCCCAGCUCACCGGGGCUCACCAGGCACAUAAACAAGUGCCACCCCUCGGAGAACAGGCAGGUGAUCCUGCUGCAGAUGCCGGUGCGCCCUGCCUGCUGAAGACAACGCAGAACUUGUGCCUUUGAUGAGGGAAAAACAAAAACAAACAAAAAAAUAAUGAUAAUGAAAAAAAAAAUAGAAACAAAAAAGUGGCUUUGGGUUAAAAGAAAAAAAAAAAAGAAAAUAAUAAAAAAGUUGCCCACUGCCAUAACUUUAGGCCAAUGAAAGGCAGGGCUGUUCGAUGUUUAAGUGGUGUCUUUUUCAUGCCAAUCAGUGAUUGUUGAAUGCUUGUCUCGAUAUUUACUUUACCAAUAGGCCUAUUUUGAGAUUUGAUUUCUCAAAUUAGUUUAUCAAGAGGGGGAAAAUGAAUACAAAGCGUUAGUUUGACUGUUAAAGGGUAUUUUUCUAGCACAGCACAUGCUCAAUGAUAGCUUCUAGACCUAAGAAAUGUCUUUAAAAAAAAAAGAAAAAAAAUCUCAGAAAUCUUUUUUUUUUCUCCCCAUCAAAGUCUGUUGAAUUCACCGACCGUGAUUGCUCUGUCACUGUAGCUUUACGCUUGUUUGUGGAGGACAGAACUUUAUCAACUUUGUCUUGGUGGGGAAAAAAAAGUGUGACUGAAGAUUUUUUUUCCCCAGUUUAGUAGAACCACAAAUGCCUUUAGUAAACAGAAGAAAGCCUAGUCUUGAAUAGCCUGCAUACACAUCCAAAUCCUGCUGUAUAACUGCCUUAAGAAAAAAAAAAGUCAACAUAGAUUGUUUUAAUUUUGAAUGCUGGCACAUAUUUUAUUCGAUUUAUUAUUAUUGGUAUCAUCAUCGUUAUUAUUAUUAUUAUUGAAGAUUGUUGCAAUAUUUUUUCCAUCAUAUUUAUUUAUUUAUUCUAAUUAUUUUAUGUAACUUAUUGUUGUGAUUUCUUUCCUUUUUUUCCCCUCCCCUGUGAAUCGUUCUGGCAGUUUACAUGUCGUGUAGCCAAAUGUCUUUCAAUUAUUAUUAUUAUUAUUAUUAUUAUUAUUAUUAUUAUUAUUAUUAUUAUUAUUAUUAUUAUUAUUAUUAUUAUUAUUUUGGUUGCUGUCUUUUAUUUAUUAGUUGUGAUAAUUGUGGUGGGUCGGGUUUUAAUCAUCAAUCUUCACAGCUCUUGUGUUUUCAAAAAUAAUAAUAAUAAUAAUAAAAAAGAAAAACGUAAAGCUCUUACCUUAGAUGCAAUCUUUUUUAAGGACAAGUUAUUUUUCUUAAAUGUUGGCUUUUAUAGCGCUUUGAUUGUAUGUGUACAUCGUUGGUGUCUAUCGAAAUAAUAAUAAAAAAAAUAUUUUCAAAAAGA